AUGUGUUGCAAUGUGAAGCAUGACAUUCUUUGUGUUAUCCCACUGCAGCUCUUCCUUCCCUCCAUGAGAAAGAAGCCAGCUCUGGCAGAUGGCAGCAGCCCCGAUGGCGACCUCCUACAGGAGCACUGGCUGGUGGAAGACAUGUUCAUCUUCGAGAAUGUGGGCUUCACCAAGGACGUGGGCAACAUCAAGUUUCUGGUCUGCGCAGACUGUGAAAUUGGACCAAUCGGCUGGCAUUGCCUCGAUGACAAGAACAGUUUCUAUGUGGCCUUGGAACGGGUUUCCCAUGAGUAA